AACGACUACUGUAAAGCUACGUAGAACUAAAUAUACUCUUAUUAAAAGUUUAAUUUUGUCGGACAGCGAUUAUUUAAAUGAGGAAAAUGCUAUUUGCGACCAAUUACCGUGUUUUGUGCAAAAUAAUAUUUUAUUAAACUAUAUCUUGACGUGACGUGAAAGAGAAAAUCGUGAUGCUAGUUUAACUUUUCUUUUUUUAAUUUGUAAAAUAUUUAUCAUAUAUUUUUAUCGUAUUUAUUUUGCAAAAAUCAGAUUAGGGGCAAAAUGUAUAUAUGUUAAGCGAUUUCAUCUUUUUAUAAUUGUGGUUUCACUGAAACGCGCCGGAAAGUAGCAAUGUGGUGCUAACUGGGUAGCUACCUGAGUGGCUAGCCGCUAGCCUAAAAUUGUAGCUCACCCGUUGAGCUGCAAAUCACGCCCAAAACUCACGAUGACAUUGUUUAUUCAUUUCAUGAAUUAGAAAGUCCAGUACUCAAAUGAAAUCCACAACUUGAGGUGCACUUUCCACCUCCAUUUUCCAAGCCGCUUAUCCUUACAAGGGUUCACAGGAGUGAUGCGGCCUAUCCCAGCUAACUUUCAUGAUUGGAAACUAGCAGCAGUCAGAAGAUUACACCGUAAUACUUUUGCCAACACAUCAUCGCUCCGUUGAGGAAGAUGACGCUGACGGCCUCGUCUUCCUCGCACAAGACGAGCAUCCUGACAAAAUUGGCGCGCCUCAGGAAGUGCGACGUGCUGUGUGACGUCACCCUGCUGGCGGAGGGCGAGCGCUUCCGGGCGCACAAGGCCCUGCUGGCGGCGAGCAGCGACUACUUCUCGCAGCUCUUCACCGCCGACGGCGCGGACACCUACCGGCUGGACGGCGUGGCGGCGGCCGUGUGCGGGAAGGCGCUGGAGUUCAUCUACAGCGCCCGGGUGUGCGUCGAGGAGGGCGCCGGCGAGGAGCUCCUGGCCGCGGCUCGGCUGCUGCAGGUGGACGACCUCGUCGGGGCGCUGCAGGACACCGCGCGACGCAAGAGAGGGCGGGGCAAGAAGCGCCUGCUGGUCAGGAAGCGGAGGAAGAAGAGUCCCUCGCGUGACGACCGCGCCGACGAGCGGCGGGACGUAGCUGACGGCAGUCGAGGGGGAGAACAGCCCGGUCGCCCGGAGAGACGCAAGAUCACGCCGCCUGCCAAGUACGACGCCUAUAAGGUGGGCGGGGACGCGCCAGGGGGUGGAGGGGAAGGGGCGGAGCCGGCAACGAGGGGCAGGAAGAGAAAGUACCCCAACGCCGAGGCCAGGUGCCACGACUGUGGCAAGGGCUUCAAAAACCACCUCUUCCUGAAGAUCCACCGGCGCACGCACACAGGAGAGAAGCCGUUUUCCUGCCAGGAGUGCGGCGCGGCGUUCACGCAGAAGCACACGCUGGUGGUGCACCGGCGCAAGCACACCGGCGAGACGCCGUUUGUGUGCAGCGUUUGCUCCAAAGCCCUCGCCACCAAGCACAGCCUGCUGGAACACAUGAACCUCCACCAAGAAAACAAGUCGUUCGGCUGCGACAAAUGUGAGAAGAGUUUCAGUCAGAGGAGGCAGCUGAAAAGUCAUUACAGAGUCCACACAGGAAAAUCACUUCCAGAGUGCGCUCAGUGUCAGCGCAAGUUUUUGGAUACGGCCCAGUUGAAGAAGCACCUGCGCACUCACACAGGUGAAAAGCCGUUCACGUGCGAGAUCUGCGGGAAGUGUUUUUCCGUCAAGAGCACCUUGCAGACGCACAUCCGCAUACACAGAGGCGAGAAGCCGUACGGCUGCAGCGUGUGCGACAAGUCCUUUUCGGACAGCAGCGCCCGCCGCCGCCACGUGGCCUCGCACUCGGGCAGGAGGCCCUACAACUGCUCGGCCUGCGGCCUCUCCUUCACGCGCCUCGACAACCUGAAGACGCACAUCAACAGCCACGACAAGGAGAAGGUGUCGCCGCCGCCGCAGCCGGAGGACCAACGCGGCGGCGGCGCCGGCGGCGGCCUGCAGGUCCAGAAGUAUCAGCUGGCUGCGGGCCCGGAGCAGGAGAUCCAGCUUCUGGUGACCGGGGACAACAUCAGCCUAGCCGCGGGUCAGGCGCAGGAGAUCGGCUUGGUCAUGCCUCAGAUCGCGACGUUCGGUACGCCGGAGGAGGCUCAGGCCGCGCCGCGGGCCGAGCCCGCGCACGUCAUCGCCCUCAGCAAGGAGGCCGCGGAGAACCUGCACGCGGCGAACGGGCCGGGCCAGGGGCCGGCGAAGCCGCACGGCCGGGACGGCCACGCGGACCAGCCCGUCUCCGUCGUCGACCGGAUCUCCGGCCGCCGCUUCCACGGACACACCUUCCAGAUCCAGGCCGGGACCGUCUCCUGCCUCUACACCGCCGCCGGACCGCCACCGUUGCAGGGCUGAGCUCGGCUCGGCCCGGCAGCACAGAACCGGUAAACAACACUCCUGCCGUUCAUUUAAAAAAAAAAAAAAAAAACAAAUGCGGCAGACAAAAAUAGUUUAAAUAAAGUUCAUUCAAAGG